GCGGUAACGAGGAGCCAAGGGGAGGACACUGCUCGCAAAACCCGGAAAAGCUUUCCCGAUCCACUCUGCUAGCCUCCGUGCGCCUCCAGACAUGCGCAGUAGCCUCCCCCGCGGUGGCGGCGGCGGCGGCGGUGGCGGCCGUGGAGGCUGAGAGUCCAGAGCCGGACGUUCCGGCCGCUUCGGGCUGGCGGCUGGAGAGCGCCCGGGUCAUGUCGGCCCAGGGGGACUGCGAGUUCCUGGUGCAGCGAGCCCGGGAGUUGGUCCCGCAGGACCUGUGGGCAGCCAAGGCGUGGCUGAUCACGGCCCGCAGCCUCUACCCGGCAGACUUUAACAUCCAGUAUGAGAUGUACACCAUCGAGCGGAAUGCAGAGCGGACCGCCACCGCCGGGAGGCUGCUGUACGACAUGUUUGUGAAUUUCCCAGACCAGCCGGUGGUGUGGAGAGAAAUCAGCAUUAUUACAUCAGCAUUAAGGAAUGAUUCACAGGACAAACAAACCCAAUUUUUAAGAAGUUUAUUUGAAACUCUUCCUGGUCGGGUCCAGUGUGAAAUGUUACUCAAGGUCACGGAACAAUGCUUCAACACGUUAGAACGAUCAGAAAUGUUGCUUCUACUUUUGAGGCGCUUCCCUGAAACGGUGGUGCAGCAUGGGGUUGGCCUUGGGGAGGCACUGUUAGAGGCUGAAACUAUUGAAGAACAAGAAUCUCCAGUGAACUGCUUUAGAAAAUUAUUUGUUUGUGAUGUCCUUCCUCUAAUAAUUAACAACCAUGAUGUUCGAUUACCUGCCAAUUUAUUAUAUAAGUACUUGAACAAAGCAGCUGAAUUUUAUAUCAAUUAUGUCACUAGGUCUACUCAAAUAGAAAAUCAGCAUCAAGGCGCCCAGGAUACAUCUGAUUUAAUGUCACCUAGCAAACGUAGCUCUCAGAAGUACAUAAUAGAAGGGCUGACGGAAAAAUCAUCCCAGAUCGUGGACCCCUGGGAGAGGUUGUUUAAGAUUUUGAAUGUUGUUGGAAUGAGAUGUGAAUGGCAGAUGGAUAAAGGAAGACGAAGCUAUGGAGAUAUUUUGCAUAGAAUGAAGGAUCUCUGCAGAUACAUGAACAACUUUGAUAGUGAAGCACAUGCAAAAUAUAAAAACCAAGUGGUGUAUUCCACCAUGCUGGUCUUCUUUAAGAAUGCAUUCCAGUAUGUCAACAGCAUACAGCCGUCUCUCUUCCAAGGUCCUAAUGCCCCUAGCCAAGUUCCAUUGGUUCUUCUUGAAGAUGUAUCGAACGUGUAUGGUGAUGUAGAAGUUGAUCGUAAUAAACACAUCCAUAAAAAGAGGAAACUAGCUGAAGGAAGAGAAAAAACCAUGCAGAGUUCAGACGAUGAAGACUGUUCGGCGAAAGGAAGAAAUCGUCACAUUGUAGUCAAUAAAGCCGAACUUGCUAACUCCAUUGAAGUGUUAGAAAGCUUUAAAUUGGCCAGGGAGAGCUGGGAGUUGCUCUAUUCCCUAGAAUUCCUUGACAAAGAAUUUACAAGGAUUUGCUUGGCCUGGAAGACGGAUACUUGGCUUUGGUUAAGAAUCUUCCUCACUGAUAUGAUCAUCUAUCAGGGUCAAUAUAAAAAGGCGAUAGCCAGCCUGCAUCACUUAGCAGCUCUCCAGGGAUCCAUUUCUCAGCCACAGAUCGCAGGGCAGGGGACCCUGGAGCAUCAGAGGGCGCUCAUCCAGCUGGCGACGUGCCACUUUGCGCUAGGGGAGUACAGAAUGACAUGUGAAAAAGUCCUUGAUUUGAUGUGCUACAUGGUACUCCCCAUUCAAGAUGGAGGCAAAUCCCAGGAGGAACCCUCAAAAGUAAAGCCCAAAUUUAGAAAAGGUUCGGAUCUGAAGCUCCUGCCUUGUACCAGCAAGGCUAUCAUGCCAUACUGCCUGCAUUUAAUGUUAGCCUGUUUUAAGCUUAGAGCUUUCACAGACAACAGAGACGACAUGGCACUGGGGCAUGUGAUUGUGUUGCUUCAGCAAGAGUGGCCACGGGGCGAGAAUCUUUUCCUGAAAGCUGUCAAUAAAAUUUGCCAACAAGGAAAUUUCCAAUAUGAGAAUUUUUUCAAUUACGUUACAAAUAUUGAUAUGCUGGAGGAAUUUGCCUACUUGAGAACUCAGGAAGGUGGGAAAAUUCAUCUGGAAUUACUACCCAAUCAAGGAAUGCUGAUCAAUGUUUGGGGAUAAAGAUUACCUUUGGAUACGGAAGCCCAGGUAACCCCUUUUGUAUUGUGAUUUGUUUUCUAGACUUUGAAACUGGAUAUACAAAUACACCCUGAAUCAAGCUUUUUAGUUAAUUCCCAUCAGCAGUCACUAUACGAGUUAAUAUAGAGACAGCCAUAGUGGAACCGAAGUCUGUGUACAUAGGAUUAAACCUACAGAUGAUUAUCACUGUACCUAGGUAAUGCCUAACUGUUAGUGCAGAUGUGAGAGAUGGAUUGUCAAAAAAUCAACAGUUGAACCUCAGACUUCAUUGUACUGAACCUUUCUUCUUUUACCAGUUUUUACUGAGCUGAAGAGUGAUGUAAGUCCAUGUGGACAAACCCUAGGAUGAGGAAUGAGAGCAAGGGAGUGUUGGGUACCAGCUAGUAUCACAGGGAAGAGUGUUUGGAGUUGUUUGUGUAAAGGAUACCCAUCAUGCAUUUCUAACUAGUGAGGGGUAACUCCAGGGUCUCCCACCUUGAUCAAUAUAACCCUUAAUUUCUUCUAACUUUCUAUAGAAGACAAGCCUCUUAGGAAAGCUGCAGUUGCAUCAGUUUGAAAGCAGGAAUAGGGAUUAUUCCCUAGUAAUCUGACCUUGUAGGGAUUCGCCCAGUCUUCACUGUGUGAAUCUCAAGGUUAAUUACUUAUGCCUAAAUUAACAUGGUAGAAAGCACACUGCUUAAGCCAGAGAGCUCUUCCUAACUGAGGAAUGGUUGGAAUCUUUAUUAAACAAUCUAAAUUCCUUUUCCCUUUGGGUUCCAAACAAGUUCUCUGAAGCCAUUACAGACCUUUUGGGUUGUCCCUCCAGAUGAGUGGCAGAGACGUUGUGAGCAGUGUACACUUCUCCCCGGGGGUAAGGCUGUGAGUCUGCCCUAGCUAUGGCAUGUGGGAUGCAAGCAGGUACAGUACCAACACUGAGGGCACCCGGUGCUUCACUCAAAGGAGGGAGAAGCUCUUAAUCUGUUACACAGACCUUUUGCUCUUAAGUAUUUUGAAAUAGAGAAAUGUUUCUGUGCUGAUAAAUGCAGUAUCUUAGUUGUAUUAGAGUGGAUUAAAAUGGAAAACAAUGUCCUACUUAUACUCUGAAUAGGGUGGAUAAUAAUGUUCUAUGAGGUAAUCACCAGCUAAUACACUAAAUCUUUGUUGUUACAGAAUUCUGCACAGCCAUGGGUCCCGGACUCUUAUUUUCCCCCAUCUGUUCUCAAUACGUUUUUGAAAUUGAAACUCACCCCUUUUUUUUUUUUUUAUCAAAAACAUUGCCAGACCAUUUAGUCCUCUCGGAAGGGCCUCUCCGGUGGGGCUUCAGUCCUGUUAAAGAUGGUUACGAGACAUCACAGGUUGAAUGCUGGGACUGGUGUACCGUGAGAAGAGUGGAAAGUAAAGAGGCUGGCUUUGAAAAUGUGUCUUCUCAAAGGCUGCCCCUACUCCCUAUUGCCAUUCAGCUGCAUUCCAUCGUCCUCUUCCUCACUGGUCGCUUUUUAUACCACAUCAAAAGGGGGCUGAGCUCUGGGACCAGGAACUGAGACGCCUCUGGACACGCACCAGCAGCAGCGGGUGCAGUGAGGGCCGGCUAGCUUCUCCCCAGUCUCCUUAAACACCCAGCCACGGCCAGGGGCUUGUUGAGGUUAACGAGUUUCUGUUUAGUCUGCUUCUAGUCUUGUGUAUUUUCUCUGGAGUGUUGUUUUUGCAGUGCAGGGUGAGUCGGUGUGGGUGUUUGAAUGCUGCUGUUUGCUGUUUUUUAAAGGCCUUCUAGCCCUCCCAUGGGGUUGCUGCAGCAGGAAUUCUUACCUGUGCUUCAGCCCAGCAUACAGACUGCUGACAGGUACCAAGUGGAAUAAACGCCCGCUCAUAGUGUGCUGUUUGUCAACAUGUUCACUGCCCAUGGUUCUCAGCUCUUUGUUCCUCAGUGCUCUUUUUCAUGCUUUCUUUAUUUUUUAAUUUGUUCUGCAUUUUGGCAAACCAUCUGGUUGUAAUAUUGUAACAUUUCUUAUUUUUUUCCAUAAGUUGCCAGUGUGUUUGUGUUCGAUUUAAAAAUCAUUAUGGAUCUGGAAAAAACAAUGAAAGCUAUAUAAAACUGUAUUCAGUUAAGCGCACAUUAGCUUAGGUGCACUAUGAUUCUCUUUUGAUAAAACGUUAAGGCUUUCGGUCAUAUAUAUUUAAGGAUGCUGACGUUUAAGUACAUUUUUAUUUGUGGAUAUUCAUAUGAGUGACCAGUCGUUAUUGUCAUAUUAGCAAUUAGUUGCCUGGUAUCUAAAUAGGCACUAAUGUGUUUUUUUUCUUCCUGCUACUGAUGUUUUUUCAGACCUUUCCUUUCUGAAAUGAAAAUAUUUGAUAGGCUAAAAUGCCACAUUUAUUAGCUGGUUUAUCCUGUUCUUAAACCACAAAAGCUUACUAAUUCUCUUUUUCAUCCAAACUCACCAAAGUGAUAGUGCUUCUAAUAGAAAUAUAAUCGAAUUGUGCCACUCUUUAUAUAUGGAGAUAAUACAAUUGGACCCUGAUCUGCAGGAUGUAGCAUUUAGUUAUAUUUUUAGUGGUAUUAAAAGCAGGAUUUAUUAGCCGGUCCUGGUGGCAUGUGCCUGUAAUCCCAGCUACUCGGGAGGCUAAGGCACAAGAAUUGCUUGAACCCAGGAGGCAGAGGUUGCAAUGAGCUGAGAUCAUUGCCACUGCACUUCAGCCUGGGUGACACAGCAAGACGCCAUCGCAAAAAAAGAAAAAAAAAGGCGGGUUUGCCGUUUAGCUAACUGGCUAACUGUCUGCAAAUGCCAGUAACCUCCACUUGGUCAGAGGGUCAGCCCCAGUUUGAGGCUGCAGCCUGGGACCCAGAAGAGCAGUAUCUCAGGGCAGCAUAAAUGGUUUGCAUCUAUCCUAGUGGGACCUCACUGAUGCUAUGUCCUAACUACUGCGCUACCCACCCAGAUUUGACGAGAGAUAGUCACAAAGAACUGUGCGUUUACCCCACGGCCCUGCUAUUUUCCCCCGUAGUUCUUUAAAACAUCCAUGGGCAUUAGAAGGUUCUGUAAUAGCUUUACUUAUCUAACAAAGCUGGAUUUUUUUUUUCUUUUCAUCUGUUGUUUUACAACUUGGUGACUCCUGUUGUCCUUAUUUGAUAUGAUCAUUAGUACAAGUUUUUAAAAACAGAAACAUUUUAGAGUAAUUUCAACACUUUUAUCUUGCCCAGAACAUAAAAAAUCUUCAUUUUCAAUCCUUAUAAUUUUGUAUGAGGGAAAUUAGGCAGGAGGGUGGGAAACAGAGGUGACUUUUGUUUAAGUCUACCAAAUUGCUGAACUAGUAGGUAAAACUCCCUUCCUCUUAACUGAGCUGACUGAUUUUUGCUAGAUUUUUCUUUUCCUUUCUUCAUUUUGUUUCUUCCGUUUCCUGGGAUUUCAUGUGUGAUUUCUUUUUCUAAAGCACAACCUUUGGGGCGUAGUUAAGAGACCUUUUUUGCCUGUGUCCCCACCACCCCUUCCACACAUGUGCAGGUCUCCCCUGAGUGCCCAGACAGUGUAGGACCACGCAGUCCACUGCCUCUGCCCCUCAGAGAUUCUGCCUCUCUCUCCUCCUCUCUCUCCUGACCUGUGCCACAUUCUCGUGUCAGGACCCCAGCUCCUGCUGCGUUUUCUUCAACAUAUGAGAGUCUAGAUGGGCACAGCAUUUAGAGGAGCUGCCCUAUUCUGGCGUCCUGGGGAGAGAGAUGUGCUCGUGACCCCGGCUGUGCAGGAGCCCUGAACCUUUCUGGGAGCACCAGCUGCGGGGGCCAUGGUGGGAGCUCACUUGGGUGAUUGGCUCAUUCAGGUCUCCUUCCUCCUUGCUGCUGCCUCUGGAGGGUCUGCUGGCCUGGCUGGACACAAGCUCUUUGUAGCCAGUGUGGACUGGACCCAUUUGGCCCUAAGUAACUGAAUUGUAUACCAGUGAGCAGUAGGGAUGCAUAACACCAGAGCUUCAUUGAUUCAAAGGCAAAGCAGGUGGCAUUUUACUGAACAAUUAAAUGUUUGAAAUAACCUUUUAUAGAGUGGGACAGAUGUCUGUCUAGUUUUAAGUCUUUCUGAAGGGGAAUGGGCUGGAAUGUUUGGUUGGUUGCAGCUAUUCUUGUGUUCUUUUUAAAAUAUCUGAGCUUAUACUUAGAUAUGGGGCAGGCUUUAUUCCUACCCAAGUAGCAGCGAUCAGCGAUGCUGGUGCUAACCCCUUGUCUUUAUCUGUUUCCCUAUUGCUGACCUCAGGCACCACACGGUAACUCGAGGCAUCACCAAAGGCGUGAAGGAGGACUUUCGCCUGGCCAUGGAGCGCCAGGUCUCCCGCUGUGGAGAGAAUCUUAUGGUGGUUCUGCACAGAUUCUGCAUUAACGAGAAGAUCUUGCUCCUUCAGACUCUGACCUGAGUGGAGACCUUUCCACCAGACACAGCUCGGGGCUGUAUAAUUGUAGGAGAAGACACUCAGCAGUGAUUGACGUGGCGCACUGCCGUGGUCAUUGUUGCUUUUACAAAGAAGAAAACCAUCUGAGUUCUAACUCCUUGGUUGCUUAAAAGUAGUUCCCAAGAGUCUGAGAGGCUAUUUCUAUUUUUAAGAGUCAUUUUUUGUAAUAUGUGUAAAACAAAAGACCCAAUCUGUUUUGUAAAUAAAAAUCAUCCUAAAAUUUGAGGUUUUUAAAAA